GUUCAGAGACAGAGAAAGGCUCUGUCAGACUGCGCUCCAGUUGGGGCUCGCCUGCCACGUACCCACACUUUCUGCGGUCCAGGGGACACCCCGCCGCAAUCCAGGACCUUACUGUAACCCCGCCGGGGUUCUAGCUCCAUUAGCUCGCACCAGCGCCCGGAUCUUCGCGCGCAACCCGCCAGAGUCCCGCCCGCUGGAUUCGAGGACCCGCUUGGAUGCUUCGCCUCCGUGCGCCCUUGGAAGAUGGGCCGGCAGCCACGCACCUAAAGACGUCUAGGGGUUACCAGUCUCCAAGGCCAACCAGGAGGGUUCAACCCAGAGUUCCUGGGAGGAGGAGAUGGCUUCCAGCCCAUUGCCAGGGCCCAACGACAUCCUGCUGGCGUCGCCGUCGAGCGCCUUCCAGCCUGACACGCUGAGCCAGCCACGUUCUGGCCACGCCAACCUCAAACCCAACCAGGUGGGCCAGGUGAUCCUCUAUGGCAUUCCCAUCGUGUCACUGGUGAUCGAUGGGCAGGAGCGCCUGUGCCUGGCGCAGAUCUCCAACACUCUCCUCAAGAACUUCAGCUACAACGAGAUCCACAACCGCCGAGUGGCGCUGGGCAUCACGUGCGUGCAGUGCACGCCGGUGCAGCUGGAAAUCCUGCGUCGGGCGGGGGCCAUGCCCAUCUCGUCGCGCCGCUGCGGCAUGAUAACCAAGCGAGAGGCCGAGCGUCUGUGCAAGUCGUUUCUUGGAGAAAACAGGCCACCCAAGCUGCCCGACAACUUCGCCUUCGAUGUGUCUCACGAGUGCGCCUGGGGCUGCCGCGGCAGUUUCAUCCCCGCGCGCUACAACAGCUCUCGAGCCAAGUGCAUCAAAUGCAGCUACUGCAACAUGUACUUCUCACCCAACAAGUUUAUUUUCCACUCCCACCGCACGCCUGACGCCAAGUAUACGCAGCCAGACGCAGCCAACUUCAACUCCUGGCGCCGUCAUCUCAAGCUCACGGACAAGAGCCCACAGGACGAGCUCGUCUUCGCCUGGGAGGACGUGAAAGCCAUGUUCAACGGCGGUAGCCGCAAGCGCGCGCUGCCCCAGCCCGGCACGCACCCCGCCUGCCACCCUCUCAGCUCGGUCAAGGCGGCCGCGCCGCCGCUGGCCCCGCAGCCGCACCACCGAGGCCUUCUGUCCCCUGGGGGCACCAGCUGCAGCUACCCCAGCGAGGACAGCUCUGAGGAGGAGGACGACGAGGAGGAAGAGCAGGAGGUGGACGUGGAGGGCCACAAGCCCCCAGAGGGCGAGGAGGAGGAGGAGGAAGGUCGAGACCCCGAGGAAGAUGAGGAGGAAGACGAGGAGACGGGGGUCUUACUGCGGGACCCCUUAGUGGGCGGCGGCCGGUUCCUCCAGGGCCGAGGCCUGUCAGAGAAAGGGAGCAGCCGGGAUCGCGCGCCCACCGCCGCGGGCGCUUUUCCGCUCACCCUGAACAACUCCAGGCUGCUGCAAGAAGAUGGAAAACUGGGGGACCCUGGCAGCUCGGACCUGCCUCCUCCCCCACCCCCUCCUCUUGCCCCCCAGAAAGCGAGCGGUGGCGGCAGCAGCAGCCCGGGCAGCCCAGUCCACCAUCCAUCACUGGAGGAGCAGCCCUCCUACAAAGAUAAUCAGAAAACUAAGGAAAAUAACCAAGUUGUUGUGUCUGCAAAGGAUGACAGCAGCUUUUCAGAUAAGAACAAGGAGCAUAGCUUUUUCAUCACAGACUCCGAAGCUUCUGGAGGAGAUUUUUGGAGAGACAGAUCAGGUGAACACACUCAAGAAACCAAUUCACCUCAUUCACUCAAAAAGGAUGUAGAAAAUAUGGGGAAAGAAGAACUUCAGAAGGUUUUAUUUGAACAAAUAGACUUACGGAGACGACUAGAACAAGAAUUCCAGGUGUUAAAAGGAAACACAUCUUUCCCAGUGUUCAAUAAUUUUCAGGAUCAGAUGAAAAGGGAACUAGCCUACCGUGAAGAAAUGGUGCAACAGUUACAAAUUAUUCCCUAUGCAGCAAGCUUGAUCAGGAAAGAAAAGCUUGGUGCCCAUCUCAGCAAAAGCUAAAAGGUGCACAGACCCACUUACUCUUGUUCUCUUGUAAGAUACAACCUGCCACUGAGCACUUCGAACCUGCAGAAAGGCUGCACACUGAAAGGACUUGGGAAUCAAAUGCAAAAUCAGGUUCAGGAGAACCCAAGGACAAGUGACCUCAAAGCAGCAUGGACAACCAUGUAAAAUAGACUGUAGCAGCCGUUCAUUAGUGGGGGGAGGGGGGAGCCAACCAGAACAGUCAAUGCUUGUCGCAUCUUUUGGUGGAACCAAAGUUUGAGUAUUUGUGUUUUUAAAGGACAACCGAAUCCAGAACGUGGAAAGUGCUGUUAGCCAACAGACUAGGUGGGAAAUCCACGGGUGAUCCCAAGUGGUCUCAGUUCUGUACAUAUGGAGAGAGCAUAUACGAUUGUCUUUUACCCUAGAAGAAGUGAAUCUUAAUGGAAAGAAAACAGAAGACCUGUCCCAGGAGCAGGAAUCAUGUUUAGACAGAUGAGAAAACAUCAGCCGUAGAAACCUGUUUUUCAUAGCAAAAUGGACAGACAUGCGUGGCCCCUUCCUCGCUGGUACUUUGCCUGCUGUAUGAAUGAAGAUUGUAUUCCUCUGGAAAUAUUUUACAGUUUAAUAUUGAGUGUAAUUAAGAAUAUAAUCAUGUUAUCAAAAAUGGUAUUUAACUGUUGUAGUUUCUUUAACAUUCAUGUGGAUAAAAAGUCUAUAAUAAAA